GUUAGUCAGUGAAAGAAAGCUUCAAUGGCGAUCGCAGGAGGGCGCUGAGUGUGACUCGGCCCCUGCCUGUUGCGCGUCUUCCUGCCUUGACCCCAUUUAGUCCCAUUAGUAGGUUCCAGACAAGACAAACGACGACACCUCACCAUGCACCGUGGCUGACUGUGCUGCAUCCAAAAUCCCGCGGAGCUAGUCCUAGCAGGUGUAGCGUGCGGCCGUAAAUAUAGUCGAGACGGGAUAAACAACUUAACGAGUCGCAAUACCAGAGUUUUAUCGCUUAUCACGGCUCAGGAACAUUUUCCGCUAGCUAGCAGCCGCUCGUCGUAGAGCUCGUGCUUUUUAUUUUCGGCUCAAGUCCGCGCGUGAGAUAGCAGCCGCGACUCGCCGCAAUGCACUAGCCUUCUUCGCCGAGCACGAAGGGUAGUCAUGCCAACCACUGCAACGGACCUGGCACGCCCUUCCCAACACCGCUUCUCUUCCACCACCCCCUUCCGCCGUCCACCCCUACAACCCUCGCCUUCGUCUCCCACUUGCCCACUCCCUCCUCCAUCCCCCCGCCGCUCUCUCCCCCAAUUCCUCCGCUCCGUGCUCCGCCCCACCUGCCCUUGCGCCUUGCUGCCACGACACAAUCGGCCGUCGACACCUCAGAGUGGGAGCCGUCCUGUCGCAUCCCUCCUCCCACUCGUCCUCCUCGCCGCUCUCCUCCUCUCUCGCGCGCCUCUCGCCUCGCCUCUCGCGCCCAAGCCCUGGCCUCGCAAGUGCGACUACUCCGUGGGGUUCUGGCUGCGCGCUCCCAAGGACGCGGGCGUGCCCCGGUACACGGCGCGCGCGGGAGAGAAGGGGCACUGCCCGUACGUGCGCCCGCUGUACGCGUGCGAGCGCAACAACCGCCCCGACUCGCGCUACCAGCGGUACCGCUGGCACGCCAAGGGGUGCCGGCUGACGUACUUCAGCGGCUCGGGGUUCAAGUACCUCAUGCGACGGCGGCGCAUGCUGCUGGUGGGCGACUCGAUCAUGGCGAACCUCUUCGAGGCGCUGCUGUGCGCCAUCCACGCUGCGGGGUACCACGGCAAGCGGUUCGUGCGCAAGACAGGGGGGCCCUACAACAUCAAGGCCGUGCGCUUCCCCCGCUUCUCCUUCUCCCUCGAAUUCCUCUUCUCCCCUUACCUCGUCCACGCUAGACAACGCCCUCGUACCAACAGCCCUCGCGGUGGCGGCCAUGGCUACAUUGUCAACGUGGAUAGAAUAGACCCCACAAUCGCCUCCAUCCUCCCCCGUUACGAGGUUGUGGCGUUCUCUUCUGGCAUCUGGUGGUCCCAGAAUGUUCCCGGCAGAAGCCAGCCGAACUCUUUCCGAGCAGGCGGGCAGCACCGAAAUCUCACCAACCUUGCAGCCUAUUCCUGGGGCCUGGCAACGGUGAACCGGCACCUCAGAUUUUCCAACUUCCCAGGGGUCCCUUUAUUCCUUUCCUUCUCCCCGAGGCACACUGGACACGGCAUGCCACAACCUUGGGUUACAGAGGCUUAUCGUGGCGGGUCAUGGCACGAUUUCCAACAGCCAGGAGGAGCCCCUUCUACGAUUUCUGGGCCGCAUUUAAUCGGCUCUUGUGGUGCCCUCACGCCUAUGAAGCGAACAGGGCUUUUGGAAAGAUACAACUUCGGCAGCUCUGAGUUGUUUUAUGCGAUGCAACGGGCUACACUGAAGGGCUCCAUCAUGAGACUACUGAAGGUAACAAGAUUGAGUCAAAGUAGGCCGGAUGGGCAUUUGGGAGUCUGGUAUGAGCCAAGGGUAGCAGAAGGACCUGGUUCGCCAGUUGCGACGGGGUUGAAUCCGUUUGAUGGUGAUUGCACGCAUUGGUGCUUGCCUGGAGUUCCAGACGCUUGGGUUGACAUUCUUUACAACCAUUUGCUUCUGGAGCCACUAUUGUUUUCGCGGAAAGAUGAUAUGUAAUUUUAUAAUUUGGUUUGUGGAAAACUUUGUAAUGCUUUGUUUUUAUAU